CAUCGACAGGCCCAGGGCUGCGAGCCAUCUUUGCAUCCAAACCCCGCGCGCGCACGACUCACGCAUCUCUCCGUCCGUCCUCGUCUCAUCUUGCCUAACAAGCAUCCUCGCCUCUUUUUUAUCCAUCAAGAACUAAGGACGUGGUAUCGGCAACUUAUUGCUAAUUCUUACGACCCCCUUCAUCGACGCGACGAACUUCUCUCCUCACGACCCUUACUCACCACUUGCUUCAAAAAACGCCCUACAACUCAGUCCAGUGUACAUGUUGCCCUCCACCAUGGCCACUAGACGCACUCCUACCUCUGCUUUAGGCAAGGGCGAUCUUUCCGACAGGAAUAUGGCGACUCCGCCCAAUGGCGCAGGUCACUGGCGUCUCGACUCAAACGGACAGCUCGUAGACUCAUCCGACUGGGAUUUGGCCGACGAGAUCGUCAAGCUGCAGAUCGGAGACGGGAACGAGAAUCAGGAAUCAUCUCCACUAGACACUGCGUCGCAGACGAGCCUCGACUCAACCUCAACUAAUUCCUUGAAUCAGAAUGCCAACCUUAACGCGUCGCAUUCGCGCGAAUCGUCAGCCGACACCACUGGUUCUCAGGGCUCCGCCCUGUCGUCUAACAGUCAGACCCUGCGCGCUCCGCCUGUCACACCACUCAAAGUAGGCGCCGUAGGCGAGUCGAGGAACCGCCCGCACUCCUACAGCGGCGGCUUGUCCAGCACCGAUCUCAUCCGGCUGCAACAAGCGGGUGGCAGCCCCGGCAACAACGACUCUUGGUCUUCGCCAAACGGCACGCCCGAACGCCAACAACAACAGGCUGAGCAGCUCACGUACCCUUCUCUCUUGGGCUCCCACAACGGUUCCGCAUCGCGCCUCUCAGAGCAGUCCCUUCAGCAGAACGGCAUGUCGCGCCCUCAGGAGGAGAUCCAGGUCGACUACCAAGCUCAGCAGCAGCGUCAGUACAACCACAGUGUCCAUGGUGCGCCGCCGCCGCCUUCAGGCGCUCCGACUGGGUUCGUUCACGGCCGACCGCCCAACGUCGCCACUAACCUGCCCUACCGCCAACCGCCACCCCGGGGGUUCAACCCUGCCAUCCCGCCGGUCGUCCCGACUCCCACGAACUUUGCUGGGUACCCUACGCCUGUGCACCACGGGGCGAUGCCUGUCGGCGGCCCGCAGCAAGACCUGUACAACAUGAUGAUGUCGACACCCCCGCUCGAGAACCCUACGAUGGCACGUCUUCAGCAGCAGUCUGGCGUCUUCCAGCGUACUCACCACCAUUCCGCCUCGGAUCCUGCCUCUCUUCGCGACCCUGCUACUCUGGCGCUGCUGAAUAACGCUUUUGCUGCCGGUCAGAUGUACGCGCCUGCGAUGGGCCCUCAGCCCGGCUUGUCGAUGUUUGGCAGCCAGUUCUACGGUGGUCCCGACGCAUACUCGUCUCCUGAGCUCGCUGCCCAGAUGAUGGCACAAUUAAACGCACAGUACACUGGUUCUUACGGCCCGCCUCUCGGCACGCCAGGCUUGCCUCUGACGAACACCGGAUCGUCGAUCGCGACCCACUCGACGGGGAACGGUCCGAGUGCGAACAACCGCAAGCUUGGGCUGUACAAGACAGAGUUGUGCAGAAGCUGGGAGGAGAAGGGAAGCUGUCGCUACGGGGCAAAGUGCCAGUUCGCGCAUGGCGAAGAUGAGUUGCGGAAGGUUCAGAGGCACCCCAAGUACAAGACGGAAAUCUGCAGAACGUUCUGGGUAUCGGGGUCCUGUCCGUAUGGCAAGCGUUGCUGCUUCAUCCACACGGAACUUCCUGCGAAUGGUGCUGCUCCCGGAGCUGACGGCACCCCGCCGCCGGCUCACGUUGACGGGCGUGCGCGGUCAUCGAGCACCAACAGCGACCCGAACGACGUGUCGUCCAGUUCGAUUCUUGCACGUAUCUCUGCGAAACGUACUCAGGAGAACAACAUGAACUCUGGGUCGGGCAGCUUGAGCACGACGCCGCCAUCUGCUGGCUUCCAGGUUAACGGACGGCCCGAUUCGCUGCGCAUCAACACGACCGUAACGGAGAGCACGACGAUCUCCAAACAAAAUAAGUCGGCGUACCCGACGUUCGCUCACAACGGCGUCUUGAUGCCUGCUGCAGAGGAGCCGACUGCGAGGUCUCCUGGUCCGGUGACUGCUGGGCCUGACUUCGGCAGACACGCGAGUUCUAGAUUGGACAUCGUGGGCUCGCAGCGUGGCGGCCCGAAAACGGCGGUGAACCCCAACGUGCGCCACUCGUUCAAUGGCAGCGAGAUCCCACUGGACCUCAGCAGCGUCGUGACCCCGACCGCGUCGAACCCCAACACGCAGCAGCUCAACGCGUCGCCCGAGGCGCCGAAGGUGUCCCGAAUCCACGGCCAUGUGCGCUCCGGCAGCGCGGGCAACUGGGGGAGCGCGACGCGCAACAACCACCUCACGGCUUACCCGCUCUCUUCGAUCCCUGGCGGCGAGCUCAAGAACACCUCUCCCUGGGCGGACUACAAUGGGUCCCGCCUGGCCGAGAAAAACUGGGCUUGAGCAAGCUCAGGGUGUAAAGUCUGGAUGCGUCAGCGGCAUCGUGUCCCGAGGAUGCGGCUCUGGGGCGCUCCGAGCGGGCGUGGCCUUCUUUGGGCGCGCCCGUACGCUGGUCGGGUUCGGUGAACGCUCACCCCUAGACGUGACCCCCGCUGGACACGCACGCUACUACCACCCUUCCCCUCAUUACUCACGUCUUUGCUUAUGUUUUCUGUAGUUUUUGUUCUGCCCUUCCCGCUCCCAGUCCCGUGUCGCGCAGCUUUUCUGUCCGCUCAUCUCGUCGAAGCAAGUCUGACUUAUUCUCUUGACAAUCCGGAUAGCCCACCCACAUCUCUCUGUCUCCCCUCUCUCGCCCCGCUCCCCACAUCCCACCAUCAUCGUCGACGACUGCACAUGUUAUCUUAUGACAUUAAUACAUCAUGCUUACGCC